AUCUUGUAUCUCUAACUUUCCAGACAAAAAAAUUAAAUCCGUGGUGUUGAUUUUGUUAAUUACUGAUCUUACUGACGCUUGAAAAGGAUAAAUUUGACUGUGUGAGCUAAGAAAAUGUGUCCAGUAUUGCCCAGUUUUAAGCCCACAAGAAAUCUUAUCACCUUUCAUAGGAGUAGCAGGCAUGCGUGAGUUAUUGCUUAAGCAGCAUAUUGUUAAUAAAAUGUUUUGCAAUUCAAUCUGCUAUUGAACAGGCAAGACAGGCUAAAUGAAAUAAAGCUAAAAUUAGGGGUGGUGGAAGGAGACUGUAUCUUAGACAUACACAUACCUUGUAAAUUUAGGGUAAGUUAAAUAGAUAGCUGCAGCGUUUAGAAAGGGAAGAGAGAAAUUAAAAAGACUGUUGGCGUUUCCAAAUUUUAUUGGGGAAUAAUGAAAUAAGACUUUAUUUCUAGUUUAGACUUAUUCCGUGCUCUCCAAAAGUAGUUCUGUAUCUACAGACCAAAUGCUCGCUACUGCAGAUAACAGAAACAAAAACUAUCUUAAUGGUUGGGAAGACAAUACAGUAUAGCCAGUUAAUGAGACAGCUUGAUCUGUACAGAAAAUUAUUUGGAGCAGACACACAUAUAUAGAGAGCAAGAUUAAUUUAGAGACCUUUGUCAUUAAAGCAGAUUUUUGUAUGGUUUUGUGUGGGAUUUAAGGGGGAUUAAAUGUUUGACAUCACUUUGCCUGCGCAGGCUAUGUUGAAGAGGUUACUGAGCGGGUGAUGGAGAAUUCAAACAUGCGCCUAUGCUGAAAGAGUGGAAGCAAUGGAUCAGACCGCAGCCUUGCCAAACAAAUUGCUGUGUCUACUACAUUUCUAAAAGCAAGAUGCUUCUGGUUUGAUAGCAGAUGCCGCAGGGAUGUAGAGCUGAAGGAAUUUUUAUGAUUUGCCAAAAUAUGAGGGGAACUCAGUGAGGAUAUCAGGACUGGGAUGCCCCUGUCUUCUGUCUUCAGCGAUGCCUUGCUUCACAUGCAUCUUUUGUAUGCUAUGCUGUUUCUAAACACUAAAAAUAAAAAGUCAGCGAAGUGGAUUGGCUGAUCAAGUGCAUUUCUGUUUUGGAAGAGAUGGUCCUGGUCACGAAACUUCUGUUCCUUAUCUGCCUGUGGCCAACAGCAGUGCUACACAGCUCCCAAAGUCAGCAUCACCCUCUUCAUCAUCGGCAACAAUUCUCAUUCUUAAGACAGCAUAACAGCAAAAGAGAAAUUAAAAUGAGGAAACUUGACAGCACCAAAGUACGGCCUCUUAAAUCUGAGCAACUCCUUCACAUAGAGGACCAUGACUUCGCACUGAGACCUGGAUUUGGAGGGUCGCCAAUACCUGUGGGCAUUGAUGUGCAGGUAGAAAGCAUUGACAGCAUAUCUGAAGUUGACAUGGACUUCACAAUGACUUUAUAUCUCAGACAUUACUGGAAGGAUGAGAGACUUUCAUUUCAUAGUAACAAAAACAAAAGUAUGACUUUUGAUGGAAGACUGAUAAAAAAGAUCUGGGUACCUGAUGUAUUUUUUGUACACUCCAAAAGAUCUUUCAUUCAUGAUACAACUGUGGAAAACAUCAUGAUCCGAGUAUACCCUGAUGGCAAUGUGCUCUUCAGUCUACGAAUAACAGUUUCUGCUAUGUGUUUCAUGGAUUUCAGUAGGUUUCCUCUGGACACUCAGAACUGUUCGUUAGAACUGGAAAGCUAUGCAUACAAUGAAGAUGAUCUGAUGUUAUACUGGAAACAUGGAAACAAGUCCUUAAGUACAGAUGAGCACAUCUCCCUCUCCCAGUUUUUCAUCGAAGAAUUCAGUGCUUCCAGUGGACUAGCAUUUUACAGCAGUACUGGCUGGUACAAUCGACUUUUUAUAAACUUUGCACUCCGGAGACAUAUUUUCUUUUUUGUACUACAAUCCUAUUUCCCAGCCAUGCUGAUGGUGAUGCUGUCUUGGGUUUCAUUUUGGAUUGACAGAAGAGCCGUUCCUGCCAGGGUAUCACUAGGUAUAACUACAGUGCUGACAAUGUCGACCAUCAUGACAGGAGUAAGUGCCUCAAUGCCUCAAGUGUCUUACAUAAAGGCUGUGGAUGUGUACUUAUGGAUCAGCUUCCUUUUUGUCUUCCUGUCUGUCAUCGAAUAUGCAGCAGUAAACUAUCUCACCACAAUUGAAGAGAGAAAGCAACUCAAAAAAAAGGGCAAGGCUUCAGGAAUGUAUAGUAUUGAUGCAGUGCAAGCAAUGGCUUUCGACGGCUGCUUUCAUGACACGGAUGUGGACAUGGACCUGACUGCUUUCUCAGACCACUGUGAAGAGGAUGAGACUCGGGCACGUGCAGCCAGCGUCUCCGAUUUGGAUACAACUCGCAUAAAGCGGAAGAGAUCUCUGAAGGGAAAUGUGGGCAGGAUUAUUUUACAGAACAAUCAUGUUAUUGACACAUAUUCCAGGAUUAUAUUUCCCAGUGUGUAUAUUGUGUUCAACUUUUUUUACUGGGGUUUGUACUUAUGAACAAAAAUCAUUAUAAGGUAGACAUUAUUUUGCAUACGAGGGUAGCAUUGUGUUUCAAAAAUAAUGCAACAGCACUAGAGGAAAUGGUUAAAAGUUUCCAAACCAGACUUCUGCGUCAUACCAAGGCUGGUGUGGUUCACAGCAAAACUGUUAAUGAAGAAGUCUCAUCAUCUGUUUUCUUUUUCAAUUGGACUAUGCAAUGUUUCACUGGGGCAACCUAAUGCACAUGGAGUCCUUCGUUACAUUCAUACCUAAACAGAGAGCAGCUCCCACCUAACUAUUCUUCUUUAGCCAGCCUUUCUGUUUGUUCUCCACUUGUGGCCCAUUUUAGUAGGCAGUCAGCACCAACUGUCUUCAAAUAGCUCCUGACUUUAUUUCAGUUGCUGCAUUUUGAUUUUGCUAGGCCACCUAGAUGCACCUCAGCAGCCUUUGCCCUCAGAUGGUAACUAUUUACAAUCGUAGCUUAGCAGUGGAGCAGGAAGGAAAGCUAAUGAGGCUUUGUACACUGGGCAUCAUCAACACUUCAGGAAAAACUCUCCCUCUGUCAGCUGUUCCUGACUUUCCACAGGACCACUGAGAAGGGCCUCUGUUUUGGAGAAAUCUUGAUUCCUAGUCCCUGAGACAGCACAGGAAUAAUAGCCCAGACCUGAUGCACUCGGUGUCUUACUGCCACCUCCCACGUAGGUGACUAGCAUCAUCUGCACAAAGUUAUGCCCCUCAUGUGACACCCCCACACUGGUGACUCCUGUAGACCUGCUGUAAUCACCUGCUUUCUCCGUAACUGUCUGUUUCAGAAACAUAGGCUUUGAGGCAGAGGUUUUAGAAAACUUUAUCAAGAAAAAAAACAAACGUAUCUUCAGCAGCAUCUGGUUCUUUGGCUUUAUGUUGCAUAAAUGAGCUUGAGGUUUUGCCCCUGCCCCCUUAUGGCUUUUGAGAUUGAAUGUUACAGUGAGGAGAAGCUACACACGCCUGCUUGCAGCACUGAUCCCUUGCACAGUUCAACACACCACAUGGAGACAUCCAGGAAAUAAAAGGAAGCAGCUGUGUCAAAACAGAGCUAUAUACAGGAAUCCUGUCAGUCUUGGAUGAAUCCGGAAUGGAAAUAUCCUUCCAGGCUAAGGAGGUUGAAUUAAGGAUGUUUGGGGACACACAAAUAGUGUUCAUAACUGCAGAAAAGAAUCAAGAUCACUUUAGCAACUUUCCCAAACGAGAAACAUUUUCCACUUUAAUUUCUUGGGUUUAUCUGCCAUUUAGUGAAGCCAGUUUAAAUUUUACAAACUUGGUUCAAAACAAUAAUUUGUGGUGGCAAAAAAUGUCUCAAAGUAAACGCCUGUUCACAAUUAGGAAAUGGAAAUAAAUUUGAAAACCUGAGCCACUCUCUGGUUUACUUGAUUUUCCUAUUCUAAUAUUGUUUGCUCAUAGUGUGGUGAUGUCCUUCACUGUAUCAAAAAGCUACUUUUGUCAAGCUCCCAGUUACAGAGCUGGGGAAGCUGGUGACACGCUGCAUGCCAGGUGAUUGAAAUCUGAUGGACUGAAUGGGUACUUUGGCAGGCAGUUCACUGCCAAACAAAUGAUCAGAGCUAAGAUGGCUUUGAUACUCUUCCAGGAAAUCCUGUCAUGGAAAGCAGAACCAUACCAGGAAUGACAAUGCUGGGAACAUAAAGUCAAAGGACAUGCAGGCUCUGGCAACAGCAACAGCGCACUAGAACUCAAGCUGAGCCAACAUGUAAUACAGAUACAUAAAGAAAUUACCAUGACAUCCUUGUUACUGCACUGCCGUUAUGGAGGCAUCCCGCACAGAUGUUCCAGAUUGCCUGAGAAGAUCCCAUCUAAUCGCUCCAGAUGUGUGUGUCCUAAACUUUUCACAUAAACUAACAUAUCACCAUUGUUUUCACAUAUUUUUUUUUAUCUGCCUUAUGGGAAGAGAUAUUUGUUCUGUAGCCAACAGUGAAUCCUCAGCCUCCAACAGAAAAAACACCCAUGUGCUUCUUGACCCAAAUCAGCUCCCUCGCAUAAAUUUCUUACACGAUCUGCUGCAGCAAAAGUUCUGCAGUGCACCGUGCCCAAGCCUCGUGUAGGCUGUCCAGCAAACAGACCCACACAUGGAAGUGUGGAGGAAAAGAGAUUCCUGCCCGCAUUUAUCUUCUGAGCACAUCCUAUACAUGUGCCUAAAAGCUUUGCAGCUUGCUGGGAUGGAGGAAACUGUUAGGUACUUUGCAACUGUGAAUGUAACCGUUGGCAAAGAGUUCCCCCCCAAUGGAGAAUACUCUAUAGCAAGUUUUAUCAUAAUAAUAGUGAAGAAGAUUGCACAUUAUCCUAUGAUGAUGAAACUUCACUGCAUACUUUUACAGCCAAGCUGGUAAUUUCUGUCGUCUUAAUGCAGUGACAAGGAUGAUAUCAGAUUCAAUUAUACUUAAAAAAAACCUAUUGCUUAUUGGAACAGCGAGAAAAAUAACAAACAGUACUUAAAUACAUUGUUUUUUUGUUUAGUGAGGUUAGAGGGCUGACUAGAACUCACAUGACCCUCAUCUGUAGCUUGUGUUAUCUUCCAGAAAGGGACGGUAAGAAACAUUUUGAGUCAAUCUGUCUAGACAGACCAGCAUGAAAGUCUUUAAAAAGAAGUAUUGACAAUUAUUUCCCACGGCGGGUAUUUGUGGCUGGUUUUACAGGCAGUCAAACGUACGGGCUUUACUUCCCACAGCAUUUACUAAAAGUUAAAACAUCACAACCAUUAUGUAUUUGUUUGAGUGUUCAUCCUAGUGGCAUUCAAGCAGUUACGCUGAGAGUACUUUGUGCAUUUUUGAACAGAAA